CUAGAAUUUGAACAAAGCAAAAAUAGACGUGGAGGUGGUGCUACCUCCGGACUUUAUGCCUUCCCACGCGUUGGCCGUAGCGAUCCAAGCUUAACAAAUAAUUUACACGACAUGGAUGACAAUUUGUAUGAGCCCUCGUUAGAGGAUUAUGAAGACCUUCCCAAAAGUGAAAUCAAACGUGCUAAUUUAAUCACCUUUCCUCGUGUAGGUCGAACUGAUGCGGAAAUGCGUAAAUGGGCUCGUCUAUUGGCACUGCAACAAGCACUUGAGAAACGUGCUGGACCUACUUCCGGUUUAUGGUUUGGUCCCCGACUUGGCAAGCGCAGCGUUAACAAUAAUGUGAAGCAGCAUGCAAACAAAGGACAAAACGAGGAAUAUUAGACGAAUGAAGACAAAAAUUUCGACAAAAACUCUAUUGAUGACAAAAUAUUUGCGAUGAAAAUGGACUACGAUUUCGUUUCAAUGCCUUGGUUAUACAAUGGACGUCAAUAAAAAUAUAUUUACGCUAUGAUGCACACACUCAAUUUUACAAUUUAUAAACAAUAUUUAACCAGAAAAUAAAAAUAUAUAUUAAAUAAAUUAAAAAAUAUAUAAGAAAACAUUUUGCAAAUCUUAUACGCAGUUGCCCUUAAUAAUGUAAGAAAAAAGCAAAGAGAUCAAUUU